GAGGAGGAGGAGGAUGCUAGGAUCUUCAAUGCCUGGAUGCAGCGGUACGGAGCAGGGCAACAGCAGAAUAAUAUUGGAGAAGAGGACGGGAAGGAAGAGGAGGCAGAGGGACGAAGACCUGGGAGUAGGAGCAGUUUAGAGCCUCCAGUCCGCAUGAGGGCCGACCGCCGAGCCUCGCUGCCAUGUCCGGCGACUCUGUCGGCCAUGCAGCUGUCUCGUCUCCACUCGUCCACCCAGGCUCCGGUGACAGCGAGGGUCCUGCUGCAGCGCACCUCCUCACGCCGCCUCCUGCCGUCACCACAGGACAUCGCCGCCCCUGCCAGCUCCGAGAGAAGACCUUCCCUCAUACCCACAAUCCCUGAAGUCAUAGCGCCCGAGAGGCGGGGCCAGUUCAGGAGACGCAACGUCAUGUCUCUGAGUGAUGCGUACAGUGUGUGUCUGAUCUGUCACAAUGAGCUGAGUGGAGGAACCAGAGAGCUGCAGUGUUCACACACCUUCCACAAAGAGUGUAUAGAGGAGUGGCUGUGGAGGAAACAGUCGUGUCCUACGUGUCACGUUCAGGUGUCUGACUCUCAGUCCGUCCACUGGAGCUCCGCCCGGGUUAAAGUCCCCUGA